UCGUAAUGGCUGCGUUGAAGAUUGUUUUUAUUUAAUAAAAAAAUUUCGUUGUAAAUAUUUAUUAUAACAAAACUAUGGGUCUUAAUCUAGUUUGCUACAUCCUUUGUUUUUUCGUUAUCUGUUCAUAUAUCGGUAUUUCUAAUGCUCAAUAUGAAGAUGUGAGAUGUAAAUGUAUUUGUCCUAGUCCAGAAGUUGUUAAGGGAAACAAGACAGAAAGGAAGCUAUACAUUGCAAAUGUUGUUCCAUCUCAGUGCAAAUGUGAAGGUGUGGUGAUGCCACAGGCAGAUGAUUAUGUUCGUGCAAAAGAGAAAGAAUUUUGUCCCCGUUGCGAAUGUCGUUAUGAACGAAGAAAUACCACAACAAUAUUUGUUGUUGUUAUAAUUAUCAUCUGGGUGAUAUCUUUAUUGACAGUCUAUAUGCUUUUCUUAAUGUGUUUAGACCCAUUAUUAAACAAACGCAGAACAGCUUAUCAAAAGCACACUAAUGAAGAAGUUACUCUGAGUGAACCAAUGCCUCCUCCACUGAGACCACGAGCAAGCACUACAAAUGUGUUGAAUCGUGUUGGUGAACAGCAAGAUAAAUGGAAAAGACAGGUUCAAGAACAGCGAAGAAAUAUUUAUGAUCGACAUACAAUGCUCAACUAAGUCGAUCCUCUAUUAUUUUGGUUCACUAAAAUUUAUCAAUUUGGCAAUUCAGUUAUUUGUAAUGAAACUUUGAGGAUGUGGUAAGAGUUAAAUGAGAUUGAGAUUUUUUUUUUUCUAAGAUUUAUAAUUUAAAAAAAAAUAUUAUUCUUAAUUUCCAUUUUUCCCUUUUGUUCUACAUGUUCCUUAAAAGUUUUAAAUCAGUCAUUUUUUUGUGAUAAAUUCAUUCGUACCUUUAUUUAAGAUCUUCAUAACUUAACUGUAUUUUUUCAUUUGAAAAAUUUUAUAUGUAAGUAUUAUAAAAUUUGUCCAACAAUGCUUUAAAAAAAUUCAAUAGCAUUGGUUUUCAAUUUAAAAAAGAAUUGCUGAAAACUUUUUAAAUUAUAUGUAAAAACUUUUUUUUAGUUCAUUAUUGAAAUAAGAGUAUUACAGCAAUUUUAAAGUUAUUCUUUCAUUUAAGAAAUAUAAUUUUAAUUUGGAGGAGAUUGUUAGUUUAAUAUUGAUUAUAAAUGAAAAUUAUUUUCAAAGCUUUUAAGAACCAAAAAUAUUUUUUACUUUAAAAGAAUCAGUGUGCAUUUUUUGGAAGAAAAUAUAGUUAUUUAGUUCCUUUAAUUUAUGUUUGUUUGUAAAAUAUUGAAUAUUCAAAUGUUUGUUUAUUAUUAGAUUCUAGCUGUAUUGUAUGUAGGCAUACAUAAAUUACACAUUAUGUUAAAAGUUGUAAGUAUCAGAUAUAUUUAUCAUUUUUAAAUAUUUAUUAUGUAUUUAUAGUAGAACUUGGCUGAAUAAGUUAUUAACUUUUCUUUUUAUGAAGCUGAAUGAAUAUGCAUUUUUGCUGAGAUAUUUAGCAAUGAAUCAAAUGUCAUUAUUGGUCUUAUAAUGAUUAAUAUGUAAAUUGUAUGCAUAAACUUUGUUUAAUGAUUAUACAUAUUUAUUAAUCUAGUUUUUUGCAUUAUUUUCCAUGCCUUUUUUUUUUUUUUUUUUUUAAAUUUUUACAUAAGCAUGGUCUUUUUACUUAAAAUGAUUACACAGCACAGAAUUAAUUUUACCCCUGUCGUAUUUUUCUUUGCACUGCUUUUCAAAGACUAUUGGAAUAUGAAUACAUAACCUUAGUUUAAAGUUUAUUUCCUAAGCACUUUAUAUUAUAAAAACGAUAAACAAUAAAAAUAUAUCAAUAAUUUUAAUAAUUGCAGCUCUAUUUUAUUCGUAAAUAAUAAUCUUGUACUUUCUGUAAAUUCACAACAUUUAUUAAUAAACUCUUAUAUUUUACCAUUUCCACUGACUGAAACGAGUUAUAAAUGCCAUUAACAUAUUAAUCUCUAUGUAUGCAUGCAAAUUAUAUUCUAAAUUGCAUUUACUAUUGUUUAAAGAAAAAAAAUUGACUUUUAGUUCAGUUAUGUACAUUUUAUGCUACUUAAUAUUAUUAACAAAUUCACCUUUCUUAAUACCUAAUCUAUGAUUUUUUUAUUUUUAUUUGGUUAUUAAAAUGUGCAUUAAAUAUUAUUAACUAAUGUAUUAUUUAAAAAAAUAACAUUUUUAUGAAAAAAGAUCUGAAUUUUCUCAUUUUCUGAAGACAUAUCUGGAAAACACAUCAUUAUUUCAUUCUCUCAUGAAACGUCAGCUUCCAAAAUUGCAUUUUUUUUUUUUUUUAUAUCACUUGACUUCUUGAAUUUUCUCACUGAUAAUAGAAUUUUGAAAAUGAAGUUGGGGGAUCUUAGGAAACUCUUAAUCCAUCAAAUGUAUUUUAAAGGAGAAAAAGAUAUUCUGUAUUAAAAUGCUAAAAAUUGUAAAGCAGUCAUCAAGAGUAUUAAUGUUUUUAUUUAUAAUUAUCUUUCUUCAUCUCGCAUAUUAUUUUAUAUCUCAACGAUCAACUUCCAUUACUGUUAAAUUAUGGUUUGCUUUUAAUACAUUUAUUCAUCAAUUCAUUCGACAAUGUAUUCAGGCUCUGUUAGAUAGUGCUAUUGUAUUUACUGUUGUCAGUGCAUUGCGAGAAGAUAAUUGUCAUAUGAGGAAUGUUCAAAUUUAUUAAAUCAUGCUACAUGAAUCCAUGAUGUAAGAAUCAUGUGUCAUAAGAGUGCUAUCAUGAUUUUUGCAAAAUUUUAUGUAAAACUUAUGUUUUUAGAAUGUGUUGUAUAUUGUUGAAAGUUCGACUUUAUAGUGCAGUCAAUAUAUUACAUUCAUAUAUAGUUUAUGAUAAGCUUUAUAACGUAUGAAGCUUUCUACAAAAAAGAUAUCAUUGAUUGUUAUUAUUUUCAACUGAAUGCUGUAUCUGUUAUAGUUUCAAAAUAAUUAUUGUAAACUUUUGUAUCUUGAAUGCAUUUUUUUUCCUUUCUUUUUUAUAUUAUAGUUUCUUAGACAUAUGUCUAGAAUCCCUAUAUUAUUAUUCAGCUAAAGCAUAGCCAAGUUCUGCUAUUCAUCUUAUCUCUGUGCAUAGUGUUUUGAAUAACACUCUUUGGGAUAUGGGCAUUUUUUCGUAUUGGUGGUGUUAACCAAGAAUAUGUAAACUAUUUUUAGUUUUGUGUGCUUGGGUGGUGUAAAUAUAUUAACUUAUGUAUUGUGAUUGAUGUUUUAUAUACCUCUUACAUCUUUAUUUAUAAUGUAAAAAGCAGAUUCUAAUAAACAUUAUUCCAUUAUUUA